GUUUUCGUCUUUGACUCUGUACUUUUUUCCUGUUUGACAAACUUCAGACUCUGAUUCUCUCUCCUCUCCCUCUCUCUUUCCUCUCCGCCGGAGCUCCGUCGUCAGCACGUUUUCCGUCCGAUAAUCCUCUUUUUCCCCUAUCAUCCCGGCGGUUUGCCGUCAUACUCUUCCUUUUCCGGCAGAAAUCUCUGUUUCUUUGCCGGAGAGUUGGAGUAGAUGUCCUGUGGUUUGGCUUUACUUGGAAUGGAGAUGCUGUGGUUUAGCUUUUGCAGGUGAUUGAUAGAUCUGGAAGCUUAGGAGGAAGGGAGAAAUGAUGUUUUCCUUGAGAGAGAUGGUUUUGUGUGUGUUGUAAUCGACGAUGUUCAUGUAUGGAUGAGGUAGUCGGCGUAGAUGAUGACCGGAGCUCAGGCUACUUUUCGGCGAGGGUGGUGGAUGUUCGGUGAAUCUCUCACAUGGAAUGGCAGAUCUUGUUAGCUACGGGAAUGCCAACCGUGACACUGAGCAGGCACUAAUUGCUUUGAAGAAGGGUUCUCAACUCCUCAAGUAUGGUCGUAAAGGGAAACCAAAAUUUUGUCCAUUUAGACUUUCUAAUGAUGAGUUAUCUUUAAUUUGGAUUUCAACUUCUGGUGAAAAGAGUUUGAAAUUAGCUUCUGUAUCAAGAAUUAUUCCUGGACAAAGAACUGCUGUGUUCCAACGAUAUCUACGACCCGAGAAGGAUUAUUUGUCAUUUUCUCUGAUUUACAACAAUGGAAAACGAUCUCUUGAUCUGAUUUGUAAGGAUAAGGUCGAGGCUGAAAUUUGGAUAGCGGGUCUGAAAGCAUUAAUAGGUUCUGGUGAUGGUGGGCGUUCUAAGAUUGAUGGAUGGAAUGAUGGAGGCCUCUAUCAAGAUGACAACAGUGACUUAACUUCAAGUAGCCCAAGUGACAGCUGCAAUAGUGUUGCUAGAGAUAUCAGCUCUCCUGAGGUCUGUGCUAGUUUUAGUCCAAAUAAAUCUCCAGCAAGCGUUAGGUCUGAGGACCCUACAAGGUCACAUGUACCAUUGAACCAGACAAAUAUGCAAGCGAAAGGAUCUAGUUCAGAUAUUUUUCGAGUAAGUGUUUCAAGUGCUCCUAGCUCCUCCAGUCAUGGCUCUACACCAGAUGACUGUGAUGCUCUAGGAGAUAUAUACAUAUGGGGUGAGGUUAUUAGUGAUAAUUUUAUGAAGCCUGGGGCUGAUAGAGCUAUUAACAUGAGCUCAAGGACAGAUGUUCUACUUCCAAAGCCACUGGAGUCCAAUAUUGUUCUAGAUGCACAACAUAUAGCCUGUGGUGUCAGGCAUUCUGCCAUAGUCACAAGGCAAGGGGAGGUGUUUACAUGGGGUGAGGAGUCUGGAGGAAGGCUUGGCCUGGGAAUGGGGAAGGAUGUAACACAACCUCGCCUUGUUGAAGCCUUGGCAGCUACUACAGUUGAUCUUGUGGCAUGUGGAGAGUUCCAUACCUGUGCUGUUACUAUGGACGGGGAACUUUAUACUUGGGGAGAUGGUGUACAUAAUGCCGGGCUUCUUGGUAAUGGAACUGAUGUCAGCCAUUGGAUGCCAAAGAGAAUCUCAGGUAUUCUUGAGGGGCUUCAAAUUGCAUUUGUAGCAUGUGGUCCGUGGCAUACAGCAUUGCUCUCAUCUAUGGGGCAACUAUUCACAUUUGGCGAUGGUACUUUUGGGGUUUUGGGUCAUGGUGACAAAAAAAGCAUUUCAUAUCCGAGAGAAGUGGAAUCCUUAACAGGCUUGAGGACAAUUGCUGUUGCAUGUGGAGUGUGGCAUACUGCUGCUGUGGUUGAAGUUAUUAUGACACAAUCUAGUACCAGCAUCUCAUCAGGAAAAUUAUUUACAUGGGGUGAUGGUGAUAAGAAUCGUUUAGGACAUGGAGACAAGGAACCCCGGCUUAAACCUACAUGUGUUCCUGCACUAAUUGACCACAAUUUUCAUAAAAUUGCUUGUGGUCACAGCAUAACUGUUGGAUUGACAACAUCAGGACAAGUUUUCACAGUUGGAAGUUCAGUUUAUGGUCAACUUGGAAAUCCCCAUGCUGAUGGAAAGCAACCAUGUUUGGUGGAAGAUAAACUUUCCGGGGAGUGUGCUGAAGAGGUUGCUUGUGGUGCAUAUCACGUGAUGGUACUUACCUCCAAAAAUGAGGUUUAUACUUGGGGAAAGGGUGCAAAUGGGAGGUUAGGCCAUGGAGACAUUGAGGAUCGGAAAUCACCAACUUUGGUUGAAUCUUUGAAGGAUAAACAUGUCAAAAUCAUUGCUUGUGGUUCGAACUACUCUGCAGCUAUUUGUCUACACAAAUCAUUGUCAGGUACAGAGCAGUCACAAUGCUCUGCUUGUAGACAGGCAUUUGGUUUCACAAGAAAGAGGCACAACUGUUACAACUGUGGGCUUGUGCACUGCCACUCGUGUAGUUCCAAAAAAGCAUUAAGAGCUGCACUGGCUCCUACUCCUAGGAAAUCUUAUCGUGUAUGUGAUUCUUGUUAUGCCAAAUUGAGCAAGGCAUCAGAAUCUGGAAUUAAUUACCGGAAAAAUGCUGUACCCCGCCUGUCAGGUGAGAACAGGGACAAGCUGGACAAAAGUGACACAAGACCUCCUAAAACAGCACUUUCAAAUAUGGAUCUGAUAAAACAACUCGAUAGUAAAGCUGCCAAGCAAGGGAAGAGAACAGAUACAUUCUCCAUUGCUCGCCCCACUCAAGCACACACUCUUCUUCAACUCAAAGAUGGUCCAAACACGGUUGAUAUGCGGAGACUAGCUCCCAAGCCAAUUCCUAUGGCUAAUGGAGUAAAUUCCAGAUCUGUGUCACCUUUGUCAAGGAGAUCUAGUCCGCCAAGGUCUGCUACACCUAUUCCUACAGCAUCAGGACUUUCCUUCUCCAAAGGUAUAGCGGAUAGCUUGAAGAAAACAAACGAACUUUUAAAUCAAGAGGUUCUAAUGCUGCGUGCACAGGUUGAGAGCCUGAGGAAGAGAUGUGAACUUCAAGAAUCAGAACUUAGGAAGUCAGAGAAGAAAGCACAAGAAGCUAUUACAUUGGCUGCAGAGGAAUCUGCUAAAUCCAAAGCGGCAAAAGAAGUUAUUACAUCACUAACUGCUCAGAUUAAACAUAUGGCCGAAAGGUUACCUGAUGGAGUAAAAAUGGGCCUUCCUGGAAUUAAUGACUCUGAAAACAUGAGGCCAUUGUUUGUUCCAAAUGGAAUGGAGCAAAAUGGUGCCCACCAUUUAGCUUCCAAUGGAGAGCGUCUUUCAGAAUCAGAUUCACACAGCUCCUUGUCCUUGGCUUCUUCAGUUGCAACUGAUUAUUCCUUGAGUAACGGAAUUCAAGGUCUAGGUAAUUCAUCUGGAGAAUUCCCUGCAAGUAAUGAAACUAACUCAGCCUCAGAGCCAGGGCGAUUUCCCUCAGAUGGGAUAGAUGACGAUCCAGAUGUUAGACUCUCUUAUGGUAAUAGAGGGGUUUGGGAAAGCCGCCGCAGCAGCAGCAUGUCAGAGGGACCUGAUAGCUCGGGUCCUUUACUGGAUAGUGAGAGUAACACAAGGUCAAGAAGUUCUGCAUUGCCAGGAAAUGACAAUCAAGUUGAGGCUGAAUGGAUUGAGCAAUAUGAACCUGGUGUCUACAUAACUUUGACGGCACUUCGUAAUGGAACUAGAGAUCUUAAACGUGUGCGCUUCAGUCGGAGACGAUUUGGGGAGCACCAAGCAGAGAGUUGGUGGUCAGAAAAUCGUGAUAAAGUUUACGAGAAAUAUAAUGUGCGUGGAACUGAAAAAUCCUCAAUUUCUCCAAGUCCUCCAUGAGAGUUGGAGGAAGAUGCCUCUGACAAAUCUUCAGAUUCAGAGGAACAGAGCUUUUGGCAGCAGUCUCUCAUUAAAGGCAUCCCAGGAGGUAGGAGUUGAUCAACCACUUUUCAUGUUCGAGGUCAACUUCUGAUUCCUUCCUUUAUAGUCUUAAUUGAAAUAGUACGUGUGUAGGAAUAUGUUUGAAUUUGUUAAAAUCAUUUUUAUCAUAUUCUGAAAUACAUUUUUAAUCACUCAAGAUCAAUUCAAUGAUUAAUUUUACACUUCUAAAUAUAUUUUAGACUAUUAAAUUUGAUUUUGAAAAAUUAAAAGCAGUUUCUGAGUCAUUUGAAAAAUGACAAGUGAUUUUAACCAUUUUAGAAUCAUUCCCAUACAUGCCAAUAGAUUACUUGUAUAUAAGGUUACAUUGACUUCUAUUUAAAUUAGAUAUUCCUCCUAAAUUCACUGCAUAGUUAGAUUUUAGGUCCUUGAAUAAUUUGAGCGUACAUGUCUUGAAAACUUUUCAUUGUUUUACAACAGUAUUAUAUAGUUUUUCAGGCAUAAAGCUCAAUAGUAUCCUACUUGUAAUAAGGCUAAUUCAGACACGUAUUUAAAGGUAAGCUAUAUACCCAAGAGGAACGUUGAGCAAACCAUUUCUUCUAUAUAGAGAAGAUGAAAUUAGUCCUAUGAUGCAAAGGCAACUACUAGACUAUGAAGAUACGAGGGGAAUAUGUCCAACUUAAAUGUAUCUCAACUAAUUAAUGCAUGCUUUCUCAAUUAAAAAGUCAGGCUCUCACCUCCAUAUGUUGGUAGAACUACAUAAAAGAUAAGAUAGGAAGUAAUCACUCAUUAUUUUGCUUAAAUUAUCAUUUUGGUAUCUGUUUUUUGGAUUUUAUUUCAUUUUUAUUUUUGGACU